AAACAUCAACAAAACUAUCCCGAGUUGAUUCAAUAUAUGGAGUGGAACUUAGAUCGAAAUAAAUCUUCAUUUGUGUAAUUGUAUGAAAUCAUAUUUAUGAAUAAAACAAGAAUUACUAUCGAGUAAGACGACCCUGUGCAAGUAAUCUGAUCGAAGUAAAUUUUCAAUUUAGUUCAAGUGUAACGAGUUUCAGAACACAUAAAACGCCGAGCCAACGGUUUCAAUUUCACAGUAAUAAGCUUUCAUACGCAUACAUUAAAUCUUAAUUAUAAUUAUGAAAUUAACGAGUGCUGUUGUAUUCUUGGCAUUUAUGGUGUACGCAUCGUGCGAAUUAAGACAGAGGCGCGGUUUGCACUUUCAUUUGGGCCAUAGAGAUGUAGUUCAUCAUCAUGUUCACCAUUCACCUCCAAUUGAAGUUCAUCACGUUCCAAUUGCUCAUCACGUAAUCAGUCCUGUACAUUUAACACAUACCAUUCCUGUGGUCCAUCACCACCAUUAUAUAAGAUAGUAUUGAUUGUUAUACAAUAAUUCCACUAUCUGUUCGU